AGUUAUAGCUUAUCAAACUUCGCGUAUUUAAAGGGCGAAAGGGGCCUUGCUGCUGCUGGAGCCUGUCUAUGCUGUGUUGCUGUUCUAGCAUACUGCGUGUCAGCUAGCCAUUCGAUAGUUUUAAUGUCCGCUAUGUGGAUUUCAAUAUUUGCCCUCUGCUCAUUACUUUCUGCGCUGUAUUCAAUGACAAUCACACAUAAGCCUAUGGACAAGUUUAGUUACGGUCUAGCGAGAGUACCUGUUUUGGCAGUAUUCAGCACCACUGUGCUUGCCCAGUUGUUCUCUAUAUUCCUAUCGAAGGAAUCUUUCGAACAUCUACUGUCUCCUGAGCACCAAGGGACACACGACGCGUCGGCUGCACAUGAACAUGAGCUAGAAGUUGUCGGCAGUUGGCCUUAUUUUGUUGGAGCUAUUGCAACAUCAAUAGCUCUGGUGCUUUCUGCUUAUGCUUUGAAGAACCAACCAUUUCAGCACGUUUUAACAGCAUCGAGUAGCUCCAGCUUACAGGAGCACGCCGCGGAUAUAUGUCACGCUGUUUGUCGCGUUAUCCCCGGCCUCUCACGUCUCCUAUUGCCGCGAAUUAACUCAAUGGUACUGCUAGCUGCAGUUACAACCACAAUGCUAGUACUCUGUGAACAUUUCAGGCAUGAUUUUGCUUGGGCAGAUCCGGUCUGUUGUCUUUUAUUGUCAGUAGCAGUAUUUUCAACGAUGUGGCCCUUAUCCACAUAUACGGGCAUGAUUUUACUGCAAACUGCUCCGCCUCAUCUUCUUAACCAAAUUGAUAGAUGUAUUUCCGAAGCGUCGACCAUUGAUGGUGUUUUGGAAAUUCGUUCACGUCACUUCUGGCAACUAGACUUUGCGCAGCUGGUUGGAACUGUGGAUGUGCGAGUUAGAAGGGACGCAGAUGAACAGAACGUAUUAACUCUUGUCACUGAUAAGAUGUCAUCUGUUGUUAGUAUGCUCACGGUUCAGAUUGUUAAAGAUGCUGCCUGGCACACUGUUGAGGAAAUGAAUCCGGGUUCUGGACAUACACAUGAUAACGUAAACGUUCAUGGUGACGGUCAUGGUCAUUCUCAUGGCACUGCAGCAGGUUACGGAAAUCCAUCAAACGUGCAGCAGGGGUACGGCAACCCUCCAGCGUAUAGCUUUUCUCAUGGCAAUAAUCAUGACGGUGUGACCUACCAUUAA